AGUCACCUGUGUCUUUGCUCUCCUCUGCCCAUGCUGUAUCUGUUCUGUGGAUAAGAAGGGAUUUUGCUCUUCAGGGCUGUCUGGCCAAUAUCUUUCCCCAGCACUAAAUUCACUGCAAAAUUUUUUUUUAAUGUUAAGUUAAAAAUAAAAUUAAUAUGAACAUCAAUACAAAGUCUAACUUUACAUUACAUUAAUUAUUAAUAUUUGUGUGUAAGAAUCAGUAUGCUUGUAAAGUAAUCAAUAUCCUUGACAUUAUUUGCUCAUUUGCAGACACAAGUUUUGCAGAGAUUAUUACAAUAAUUGUUGCAAUCUGUGAUCCUGUUGCAAUUUAUGAUCUAGUUGGGAGUUUAUGUAAAACACUGGUUUGUUAAAUAAGAAUUUGCUGAAAUCUGACCAUAUUUAUCAAAAGAGCAGCCAGAUGAUAGUCUUUUGUACCAGAGAAAAUGAGAGAGUAAAAUCCACAAGUAACAUUUUUCAAAUGCAGCUAAAUAACAUAGGAGCCUAAACUCCAUUUGCAAAUGUAAUUUAGGAGCAUAGUCCAAUUGUCUUUCAGUUAGAAAAUUUUACCCCAUGUAUAAAUAUUUUAAAGUAAUAUAAAAAAUCUAGUUAGAAUAGAAAUGUCCUGCUAAAUCUUGCCCAGGUUACAAGAUAGCUAUAGCAUUGUAAAUCUUAACUUGACAGCCACAGAAUAGUUAUCUCUUCACUUGUCAAAUGUGAGCCAUGAUUUCCUUCUCUUGCUAAAAGCAUAACCUUUCAUCAUAAAACAUGACAGAACAGCUGCAAGAUCAAAUGAUUUCCCCUUAAAUACAUCACUAUAACACAAGUAACAGGCAACAUUAAUCUAGUGCUACAUUCAAAAGCUGUCUUCGAGCUCAUUCAGCUAUAUCAGCUCCAGCUGUGAUUUUGGUCAUAGCUCAUAAAAUAUGUAGGAUUGGGUUGGGACAGGACACAGAUGGGAAUCAUUUUAGGAAGAAUGCAGGUGCAGCAGGUAACUGCUUAUGGGGGAAUGGAGAAUCCAGGAAGAUCCUUGUUUACAGAGCACAGGUACUGCAGAGCAAUGACAGCACUAGAUAAACUCUCAUGCAGCAACUUCCUAACUAAUAUCGAUCCCUUCUCUAGUGGGUCUUUCAUGGUGCAUCCUGCUUGGGUUACCAGACUUCUCAUCCCCCAAAGGUGCUCAUGGAUCGGCCACUGUCCACAUUUCCCUGACACAGCAUGUAAGGGGCUGAAGGUGUGGGAAAAAUCAGUGGACAUUGCUCAUGUUCCUGUUCUAGCAAGAAGGGAAUCUGAUGGGUUUUAUUAUCUUGGUACGAUAAAACAGGAGAUAGAGGGCGAAAGAGGAACUUUCCUGGUCGAGUUUGACAAACCACCUGCAUCGGGUGACAAGUACUCAGUAUGUGUGCAAAAAACAGCCAGGGAUGACAUCCUUGAAUAUGUCAACGGAAUGAGGCACUCCAUACUCCCUGGAGACAAAGUGCUGGCACCCUGGGAACCAGACCUUGUCAGAUAUGGCCCUGGAACCAUCCUCCUGGGCAUUGAGACACGGGAUCCCCUGAGAGCCUCAGAGGAUGAAGAAAUCAUGGUCUAUUUUUGGAAUGACAAGAAAGUGAAAGUACCACUAGGUGUGGCCUUAUGGAUUCCACCAGACAUGUGGGAAAGGAUAGUUGAGAUGAUUCACAUGCCCUUCACCAGCAGAUUAAAGUUUAUGAACCCCCACAACACUACUAGCUCUUACACUUCUCCUUGCAGAUUUCUAAGAGCUCCCAUCCAUUCAUGUGCUUUAGAUGAUGGGCUAAGUAAGUACAGGUGGCCACGGCCAUGCCCAUUAAUCUGCCCCCCCUUUCAUGGUCACUGUCACAGUGUAUGCUGUUCACCAGUCCAUGUGGGAUGUAUCUGCUGCUCCCAUCCCAAAUUCAAUGCCUGGUGGCCUCUACUAUCCACAUCUUUGCUCUCUCAAAGAGGCACUAAACCGCAAGAGUCCAAUAACAAACCCACGGCACAAUUUCUAGAAUUGGAAAGUCCAAAGGAAAAUGAACCAGCAGCUGCUGCUGCUUCUUCCUCCUCCUCCUCCUCCUCCUCUUCCUCUUCUGAUUUAGAAAGUGAGGAGGAGAUGUGCCUAACUAAGAGCACGAUGGUGGAUAGUGCUGUUAAUACAGAUUCCAGUCUUUUUGAAAAGCCCAAACUGAAAGAUGCUGCAAGACCUGAGUGGAAGUAUUGGAAGAGAAGCCACCCGAAGUCACAUCCUAGGAAUCCAGGAAUCAGCAUUCCCAGCAGCAAGUGUACAAAGGGGAAAGCAGAAUCCAGAACCAUUUUCUGCUUCGACAUGUACCCUGUUGCACCAACCAACCAGAGUGCAAUGUUUGAAACUAUUGAGCAGUCUCCGAGAAGACAUUUCACACUGAAAGAUGUCUUAAUCCACCAUGAUUUCAAGCCAUCACUGGGGCUGCAGGCCACUCCUUGUUUAGAGAAACUUGGAGAAAAUCAAAUAGAACGUGAACGCCAAAGAAAAGCCUGCAUGGAACAAAAAAGAAAGAAAAAAUUCUUGCAGCAGACGUGGGAGCAUGAAAGAGAACAGCAGGCUGAAGAGAAAUACUACACUGCACAGGAACACCAGAGGAAAAAGCUGCUGCAGCAUUUUGAGAAUGAAGAUAAGAAGGUAAAAGAACAAGACAUAAAGCAGAAUCAGACAAUGAAAACAAAGCAACUCGCACAGCAGAGGACAAACCUGAAGAUGCAGACUAUGGCAGAGGAGGACAGGCAGAAAGGACAGCAAAGACUAGCUCAUCUGCAACAAGUCAGAGAGACACAUGACCAGAGGGAAUUUAAUAAGUGUAUAGCUGAAGAAAUUAAAAAGAAACAAUCUCAGGAAGCCCGAAGGAGAAGAGUGGAGACCCAGUACAAGUUAAUGGCAGAAAAGAUCUUUCAAGAUGAAAAACAGAAGGGAAAGUAACCAGACAGCACAGAACAAAGGAGAUACAAACAACAAAAGUAAAAGUUUGCAUAUGGAUACUAAAACAUGAUACCCAUUUUAUUCCCAGGUGCCCAUUCAGCAAGCUACCUAAGCCCAUGAGAAGUCCCAUCGACUUCAGUGGGAUUACUCAUGUUCUUAAAUUAGACACAUGUUGAAAUGCCUGGCUGAAUCAGGGCCUUAAAGAUAAUGAACUUAAGUGGGAGUUAAGCAUGCGUGUACAUGUUUUGCUCAAGUGGGAUUUGGCUUAAUGAAAGUGAAACCGAACAAUACUGCCGAAACUUGCAUUUAUGUAGCAAUAACUGGGAUUUUUUUUUUUUUAAUUGCAACCGUGUGCACAUUUUAGCUUGAAUUACAGCUCCAGUUUCUUCAUUCAUACCAGUAUGACCAGUUAACUACAGUAUUCUACAUGGCACACUGUAGCCAGAUCCUCACCUGCUGUAAAUGGGCAUGAACUUCAAUGGAGCUACAUUGAUUUAUACCAGCUGAGGAUUGCGCUUUUUAUAUUCAAGCAAUUAUAAAUAUAACUUGCAUGACUUUAGUUCCUAAUUAAAAAAAAAAAAUAAAAAAAAUUCA